AUAAACAGUUUAAAAUAUGUCAGUGGGUAGUAAUAAGGCGGAAGACGCUCCGCUGUGUAUCUGAUUAUGAACAGCGGAUGACUAACCCCGAUCACCCUGCCCCAUGGAUUGUUUAAUUAAAGGAGAUUAGAUGAUAUACCCAACGCGUGGACAGUUCUUAGGUAACAGUAUCCCGUAACUCGUUGUGCAUGCUGUUCUGUUUAUUUGACCAUGCCUGUAGGCCUAGCUAACUCGAUAGAAUCGUCCUAAUGUAUUAUUGUAAAAGACAUUUGCAAUUUGAACCCAACAAAUCGUGCUAAGUUGUCAGGUUAUUUUACAGCUUCUCUCUUCUAAGUGCCGAGGCCCUGAGCUGGUGACCUACUUGUUUGAGUUGAGGAUGAAAGGGAAGGAUAUGACACAUUAGGUCCCCACAACAUAAGGCAGGGGAGAGAGAGAGAAGGGGAGCAAACGCAACGCCUGAUUUGUUGUCUAUGCCUUCGAGAACCAAGACCAGUGUGGUACCAGGAACAUAACCUACGAUUUGAGGGACUAUUUGAUAAGGGUCACGAUCAUAACCAUUUACAGAGCAAUUAAUCAUUCCCUGAGCGCAGCCAUUUGUCCAACAUGGACCGACAUGGAUCCUGCUUGCCAACUCGUCUCAAGUAGCCAACUUUCCAAAGUCAUCUUGCAUGUAACACAGGGCCUUCAGUAGCUGACUAUAGUCACAACUUUUUCGAAUCUGGGCAAGUCAUUGAGGCACGAUUGACUGUUUACCCAGGCGCUAGCCUAACAGCUGAGGAGAUAAUUUGCUAGCCGGUGACCAGUCAUAGCUGGACUGAUUGACUCCCCAUGAGGAUCUCUGGCACCGGGUGGCAUUGAGUGAACGAGCGGAGGAAAAGCUUCACAUUAUUUUCCCACGAGUUUACAAGAGCUUCCCUGUUCCAUGCCAGAACAACCAUUGCCUUUUGCGCGCUCCCUUGUCAGCGAGACGUGCCUGGUACAGAGACUGGGGCGCGCGGUAGACGCAAACAACUGGGGCUGAAUGGAAAGGGAGUAGGUAGGGAAACUGAUGUCGAGUGGAUAGCAGCGGAGUGACAACUUUCUCGGUUUGCGAUAUGGAUCGAGGUAGACUGUUUACACGGGCUCAAGCGUUUUAUAUCAUACAGUAAAAGGUUAUCACAAUGAACAAUCAUUACAGUCCCAAGUUUGAGUAAGGACGACGCACGGAAAGCAGUCGAACUUCCCUACUCAACUCCGCGUCUUUUUGAGAUACAACUUUAAUCACUUUUGCACGGUUUCAUCAACGCGACAUUAUUUUAUUCCAUUACCAUCCCUGUGAAAAUGAUCAAGGGUGACAGCAAAGGCGAGCGAUCGCUGAGGAGCGCCUCCCCUCAUAGAAACGCGUACAAGACGGAUUUUCACACCAUCAAGUGCUCUUUUGAUGGAGCCAAGUCCCAAGCCAACAGGGCCGGUGACCCCAUGCCAGAGGCGAGGGGCAGGCCGACGGGCACCCGAGGAAGCAAAAUUAAAAACAACAUUUUUCUUCAGAUGGACGGCCAGCACCACGACGCCGGGGCAGCCCUAACUAAACCCGAUUUGUCAAAGCACCUGUCCCACGCAAGAAGACCGCUCAGUAGCAGCUCUCACAAGGGCAGCGUGAGCAGCAUUACAAGUCAAGAGUCUGCCGCCUCGGAUAAAGCCUCUGUGAACGAGGAGGCGGACAUUGACAAAGCAACACUGGCAGUAAAGUUCUCUGUCACCCGCAAGCUUUUUGAGACUGGUCUGAAAGAGCCGGGGUCCACAGAGAGACCUGCCAUCCCGGCUAAAGUCACCGCCCGCUUGUCUGUGGACAGUAAUGCUUCUGAGGAGGGGAAGACAGUGGGGAGACCGACAAGCCCCAGUCAGAAGCCAUCAACCACUAGAGCCUGGGAGGAUGAAGGAAGGCAAAGAGAGGAGAGGGAGAGAGAGAAGGGGAAGAGUGAAAGUGACACACCCACCCUCAAGUCCAGCGGGGCCACAAACGCUGGACCCAUGUCAAGGCGACUGGAGAGCUUCAUGUUGGACAGUGACAGUGACGACUCCAACCACCAGGCUGACAUCUCUGCUAACGGCCACCACCAGCUGGCCUCUGUCAGCAGCUGCUAUUCGGUGAAAAUCAGAUCUGUGAGCGCCGACUCACCUAGCGCUCAAGACCCCUCUCAGCAGCAUCCCCCCGCCGUCAAUGGGAACGGCAAAACAGACAACUAUACAAGUUUUCAGUCCACCCCUCCCACCAAACCAACCAGUUUGGAGGUGACCCACACAUCAGAGUCAUCAGGCAGAGAUCCGUCAAGGUCACCUGCUGCAGAUCUCGCAGAUGUGGGUAGGCAUUUGUUGGGGAGGGAGUCCUCCCAAGCUGGGGCACUGAGGGACACAGAGGCCCCUGCAGACCUGCCGGCAGGGAGUGUUGUGCGGGCAGAGCUGGUGGUGCUCCAGAACGAGUCAUCGGAGAGCGAGGGGAAUGAGGAAGAGCACCUGGAGGAUGAUGUGUUUGAGGAGGCAGGCCCACGCAAGGUCCCCUUGAAUCAUCUCCCAGAAGAGGGUAUGACUGACAGUAAAAACGUCCAAUCGGGAAAGCAGGUGAUGCAUUCAGGAAGAGGCCCCAGGCUCAGAGAAACGCAGCAGAGGGAGGAGACUGAGGAUCUCCAGGAGAGCAGUGUGGAGGAUUAUAGUAAAACCCAGGAGCAAAACAUGCAAAAAGAGGAGGAGGAAAAAGAGGAGGAGGAUGAACAGAAGGAGAAAAAGAAAGUAGGGGUUGUUGACAAGAAGGGUGGAGUAGAUGGAGAAGUACGGGACGGCGAGGCCAUGAAGAAGGAUGUGUUGAGACGAGAAGAGAUGGACGAGAGGAAGGGGGACCUCGGAGAGAGAGUUUUGGAUGGACUCGGCGAGGGACAGGAGGACAGGACGGGCGAGGAUGAGGAAGAUGACGCCGCGGCCGAGGAAGAGCGACACGGGGAGGAACGCAAGGUGAACGGGUGCGCCGAGAUCUGCGGGAUCGAGAACGCCGCCUUUGUGGAUGACCGGGAGAGAGAUCUGGAGAGCCACAGAGAGGAAGAUGAGGAAGAGGAGGAGGAGGAGGAGGAUGGUGAUAAAGGUGGUCAGGUGCCAGAGUCAUACGAGGAGCUGCCUGGACUCUCAGAUGAGGAGGACCCAACUCUACAGAGGAAGAUCAAGUUCUCCACAGCACCAAUCAAGGUUUUCAGUACAUAUUCCAAUGAGGAGUACGACCGCAGGAAUGAGGAUGUGGACCCGGUCUCGGCGUCAGCUGAGUAUGAGCUGGAGAAGAGGGUGGAGAAGAUGGAUGUCUUCCCUGUGGAGAUCCUCAAGGAGGACACUGGGCUGGGCAUCAGUAUCAUAGGGAUGGGUGUGGGUGCUGAUCAGGGUCUGGAGAAACUGGGCAUCUUCGUCAAAACUAUCACUGAGGGCGGUGCAGUCCAACGGGAUGGACGUAUCCAGGUGAAUGAUCAGAUUGUGGAGGUGGACAGGGUGAGUCUGGUUGGGGUCACCCAGAUGUUUGCAGCCACCGUGCUCAAGAACACCAGAGGCCUGGUCAGCUUCCUUAUUGGUCGGGAGCGGUCCGGUGUGGAGAGCGAGGUGGCUCGCCUCAUCAGUGAGACCCUCCACCAGGAGAGCACCAGCAAACACCACAAGCAGAAGGAGAUCCAGAGCAAGGAGCAGAGGCAUGAGGAGGAGGAGGAGGAGGAGGAAGAGGUCCUGGUGAAGCCUGCUGACCUGAAGAGAGGACACCAUGAGGAAGGAAAAGAUGAGAAAGAAGUGGAUGAGGAGGAGAGGAGGCAGGAAGAGCAUGAUGACUUGGACAGCGAAUGGACUCUACCUGAACACCUCCAUGCCACUGAGCUGGGAGAGAAAUAUAAAGAGCUCAAAAACAAGCACAUCACCACCGUAGCAGAGCUGAGAGAGAUUAAAGAAAAGAUGCGCGUGUAUGAGGGGGAGAGGGUGUCCUGGGAGCAGCGGACAGCGGACCUGGAGGAGCGGUGGCAGGCGAGCAUGGAGCGGCUGCGCACGCUGGAGGGCUACUGGCAGGAGUCGCAGCGGCUCUGCGAGUCGGUCAGCCAGAGCCUCAGCCAGGCCCAGGCCCAGCAGCAAGCCAUGGAGCUCCGCUACAGCGACACCCAGAGCCAGCUGCAGGAGCACGAGAAGAGAGCGGCUGAGUUUGUGCGGCGGGAGGAGGAGCUGAGGAGGCUGCUGGAGGAGAGAGAGAGAGACUUCCAGAAGAAAGUGGAGAAACUGCUGGAGCAGAUGGCUGUGUUGGAGGGCAGGGACCAGGUGGACCAGCAGCCCCCGGCUGAGCUCAGGGUACCGGGGGAGGAGAGUCGGCUCAGCAGCCCAGAGUCUGGAGCCUCCGACCGGAACGGCCUCUCCACCGACGAGCCCAUCUCUGAUCCAGACUGGGGUGGCGCGGUGCCGGAGACCCACCGUCUGGACUGCAGUGCCCAUCGGGCCAAGGCUCAGCUGGCCCAGAGAUCCCGGCGCCAGCGCCCGUCCAGACACAAGCUCCGCGAGUCGGCCCGCAAGUCUCCCGGCCAGAACCAGGAGCUAGAGGAAAGAGCAGAUGUGGCAGUGGAGUCCAGCACUAAGCGGAGGUCCCUCCUGGAGAGCCUGUCCCUGCCCGUGCCCAUCCUGACUCUUGAGGGGGCCGCCACCGGGGGGGACACCAGCAGCUCUGCGUCCCCCCUGCCCUGCACCCCCCACGGCAGGGCUCCACGCGAGGCCAGCCCCAGUGUGUCGCCCCCAACGGACGCGUCCACCCCCCACUCCCCCUCCAGCCUCCUGCAGAGCCUCAGGAGCCGCCGCUCCAAGAGCAGGGACAAGAGCAAGGCCAGCAAGAGCAGAGAUGAGGACCCUGACAGCUCUUCCUCUGGGAAGUCCAAAAAGAGAUUCCCAGAUUUCAGUGGCCUGAGGAAGUCUGGGGGCAAAGGUCGCAAACAGGAGCGGGACGCUCUGCGUGGAUCCCUAGAGAGCAGGGGCUCUGGGGACCUGCUGGAUGUGUCCAGUGGGAACAUGUCCCCCACGGGGUCCGUGUCCUCCGUGCCCUCCUGCAUGCCCUUCUCCUGGUUCGGGGACAAAGAGCGGGAGCGGGAGAAGGACAAGGAGCAGUCCCUGUCCAGCUGCAGCCUGCCCCACACCCCCACGGACAAACACGUCGACCGGUCAGCCCAGCGGGAGAAGACCAACUUAUCAUGGCACUCUCUACUGUCUCCCUCCUUAGAAUCGAGUCUCUCUGCGACUGACGAGUCCAACCCCAAUAGCCCGUGCUCUUCCCUGGCAGCUCUACUGUCAGACCGCCGUCCGGCAACGCGCUCUCGUACCCUCGCCUUCUCCUCCAGCGAGACCUUAGAUGAUGACCCUCCACCAACAGGGAAGGGCUAUGUGUGGCAAACCCGCCCACUAUCAGAAUGGACCAGUCAGCAGGUCUGUCAGUGGCUGAUGGCCAUGAACAUGGACGAGUACAUUGCCGAGUUCACAACCAGAGGUGUUGACGGACAGAAGCUUAUGAAUUUGGACAGCAGCAAGCUUAAGGAGCUGGGAGUGUCCAGUCACCGGGACCGCUCCACUCUGAAGAAGAGGCUGAAGGACAUGAGAAAGAUGCAGGAGAAGAUGGACAAACGCCAGGCCAAGAGGGAGAAGGAGCGGCAGAAGGAGCAAGAGAAAGAGGCACGCCGAAGCGGCGCCAGACCUGCCAGCACUGACUCUGCCUGCUGAGAUUGUCCAGCGACCUCUCUCUGACCCGUACACUUGACCCCUGACCCAUGACCCGUGCCCUCUGUGUGUGCACUUGGUGACCUCCAGAGGAUGCUGAAAAUAAGCAUGACUUGCCAGUGUCCACUGAUCUUGCCGUCAUGUGGAUGAAGCAGGUCAUUUCAUAGCAUCACGAGCGAACCCGUGAAUUUGUGGUCCAAAAGGUGAUGAGCGCAACAGCCUGUAGUGCCUGAACUUGCUAAUGAUUGGAUAUAAGCACUGCAUUUAGUCAAUGGGGAAUAGUACAGAGUAGUUGUUCCUCUGCUCCUGCAUUCCCACACCUGCCAAAAUAACUGAUGUAUUUUUGUUUCAGUGGUUUUGAGUCAUCAAUGAAAUCUGGAACUUAAUUUGAUAGUCAAGUUUCAACAUGUAGGCCAAUGAUAGUUCCACAUUACAUGUCACAGGGGAACAUUUCCCAAUAAACAUGAUACCAAAAGGACAUCUGUGGGUCCAGGAAGAAUCGGUGAGCAAAAACGAGCGAGCUCUUAUGCACUGUAAAUAUGUGUUAUGUGUAUAAUGGUGCACAUGCUGUCUCAUCUGGCCAGGACACCACAAAACAGUAACAUACUCUUGCACAGCACUUCAUUUCUUUGUACAGUAGAGGGCGCCAUUGAUGCAGUUUAGUCAAUUACCAGAGGUCUUCUCAAAGUAGAAAAGAGGCAAGAACUGCUGCUAGCACACUCUGGGCACUUUAGUUCAUGUUUACAGGACUAGAACCAGAUUUGGAUAACUUACACAUAGUACUGGUUUGGAUUUGGAUCUUCAUAAGACUGAAGUACGGACCGCCUGGAACAGUGUGUGCAUACCAGGAUGUUAAUUAGUAUGGAGUGGGCACUUGUUAGUGUACACUUUUACAGACAUAUAAUAUGUGCAUUCUUUUUAUGUGUAACAGUUUUAGAAAUGGCUGGAUGUACAUAAUUAUAUUCUUAGUAACAAAUGCUGUACAUAUUCAGGGCUGUAAUUAAAACUGAAGCCCUGUUGUGUUGAUUAGCAAUGAUGGCUGUUUUACUUGUCUAAUAAAUAAAAUAUGUUUUAUACAGA